AAAAUUUGUUGUGGUGUGAUUAAAGGUUCCGGGUUCUAGAAAGGUUCAAGUGGGUUCAAGUUCAUAGGUUGUAGUGGUAGUGGACUAGGGUUCCUUUUCUUAUCACUAGCGUUAUCCCAAGAAUACCACAGAUGGCUCUAACAGAAGUUUCGUCAAACCGGUGCUUUGGUGGGUGGCAAAAGGUCUUCAGCCACGAAUCUGCAACAGUGGGCUGCACGAUGAAAUUUGGUGUCUACCUACCGCCACAAGCCGAAGAGAAUAGAGUUCCUGUCAUCUAUUGGCUCUCCGGUCUCACUUGCACUGAAGCGAAUUUUAUUGAAAAAUCUGGAGCACAAAGAUAUGCAGCUAAACACGGAAUUAUCCUUGUUAACCCAGACACUUCACCUAGAGGCCUCAAUAUACCAGGUGACUCAGAUUCGUGGGAUUUUGGAGUCGGUGCUGGAUUUUACUUGAACGCCACUCAAGAACCGUGGAAGAAAAACUAUAGAAUGUACGACUACAUCACCAAAGAGCUCAUAGACAUUGUAACUUCGAAUUUCAAUAUUGCCGAAGGCAGGCAAUCGAUCAUGGGACACAGUAUGGGUGGUCAUGGUGCUUUGAUUGCGGCCCUCAAAAAUCCCAGCCUAUUCAAAUCUGUAUCCGGUUUCGCCGCAAUUUGCAACCCCAUUGCUUGCCCAUGGGGCGUUAAGGCGUUUACUGGUUAUCUUGGACCAAGAGAAACUGGACGUUGGGAAGAAUGGGACGCAACCGAGUUGGUGAAAAGAUACAGAGGACCUCCAUUGGGGAUCCUUAUUGAUCAGGGAUUAGGUGACCAAUUCCUACACCAAUUAAAUCCAAAAAAUCUAAUCGAGGCUAGCAGAAGCUCCAUGCAUCCUGCUGUAGAAUAUAGAGAAAGGGAUAGCUAUAAUCACAGCUAUUUUUAUAUUGCUUCUUUCAUUGAAGAUCACAUUAAGUUUCAUCUUGACCACCUAAUUUGAAUUUUAUGACUCAAUAUAAACUGUUAUCUAUUAUGGUUAAUAAAAAAAUAUUGUAUUC